UAUGCCUUAUCCUAGCUACUAUAUGAACUACCACCCUACUAAGAGCUAUUUCCGCCAGUUAUAAAUUCUAGAGUUUGCCCAAGCUUGUGGGCGUUUGUGGGGGACGUGGCAAGAAAAGGGAUGGAUGGCAGACUUUCGGGGAAAGUGCAGGGCUCGAGCCAAGUUUCUGUUUAAUAGUAAGUUUGACUCGUCUAGUAUAUUUAUCUGUAUUAAUAGAGGAGACCGUUGUGAUUCUUCGGAUAAAGCAUUCGUUACCAAGCGUCUUACUCAAACCUUGACCCAGCUAGAGCCUGUACUUAUUGGGAUACGUUAUAGCUUCUCUUCCAAAGCUCAGAUUAAAGACCAUAUAUCCAAAAAUAAUAUCUUAGAGCUAUAUACAGAUGCCUCAUUAAUCUUACGCCACGUCGACGCAAUAUUUAGUAAUACGGAGAGUGUUGAGUGUGCUAAAGCAAUACCUGCCUCCGCCGGACUUCCAGGUAUAUAUGCUCAUGGUUGCUUUGACCGAAUUCCUGUAGUGGAUAUGCCGCCCCUGGCACGGCAGAUCGAGUCUUGCCUUAUAAUCUUUGCCAAGAAGAUGAAUCUAAGUUAGAUAUCUUAUGGGGAUAACGAUUUCGAAGCGGACUUUGAAGCUCAAUCUUCAGCUUUCUUUUAGCUAGUAAAAGGCAUUAAAGAUAUAAUGGAUGAGACCCCAGAUAAUACCCGUAUCUGGGGGAAAACUCGGGAUGAGCUCGUUACUGCUCUAGAGGCUUUGAAUCUUUGAAAGUAGGCCUCCCCUAAAGAGGGUUUUAAUUAUUAAUAGCUUGUGCGGAACCAC